AUGGAGCAGAAGAGCGUGUUGUUCUCAGCGUUAGGGGUCGGUGUUGGGUUAGGACUCGGGCUAGCGUCAGGUCAAGGUUUAGGUAAAUGGGCAAACGGCUCUGUUUCUGCAGAGGAUGGGCUUACCGGAGAAAAGAUUGAGCAAGAGUUGGUUAGACAGAUUGUUGAUGGAAGAGAGAGUGGUGUCACUUUCGACGAGUUUCCUUAUUUCCUAAGCGAGAAAACUAGGCUUUUAUUGACAAAUGCAGCUUAUGUUCACCUAAAGCAGUUCGAUAUCUCCAAGCACACUCGUAAUCUUGCACCUGCAAGUAAGGCUAUUCUACUGUCUGGACCUGCGGAGUUUUAUCAGCAAAUGCUAGCAAAAGCAUUGGCUCAUUACUUUGAAUCCAAACUAUUGCUACUAGAUGUAACAGACUUCUCUAUUAAGAUACAGAGCAAGUACGGAUGCAUCAAGAAGGAACCUUAUCACAAGAGGUCUAUCUCUGAGCUGACGUUGGACAAAAUGUCCAAUCUAGUGGGAUCUUUCUCUAUGCUCACCCAAGGGGAAGCAACAAGAGGGACCUUGCGUAGGCUUACUAGUGGCAAUGAUCUUACCUCAAGGGGCUCUGAAGGUUCAAGUCACCCUCCUCCGCAACUCAAGCGAAAUGCUUCUGCUGCUUCUGAUAUCAGUAGCGUAUCUUCCCGUUCUGCAACUUCUGUUUCAGCUUCAAGCAAACGCAGUACAAACUUAUGCUUUGAUGAGAGACUCUUUCUUCAGUCACUUUACAAGAACGAGUGUUAUCUUUUACAGGUCUUGGUUUCAGUUUCGGAAGCUAAUCCUAUUAUAAUAUACCUGAGAGACGUUGAGAAGCUUCUUCAGUCAGAGAGGUUCUACAAACUGUUCCAGAGGCUCUUGUCUAAGCUCUCUGGUCCUGUUUUACUUCUCGGCUCAAGACUGUUAGAGCCUGAAGAUGACUGCCAAGAAGUAGGAGAAGGCGUUUCCGCUUUGUUUCCUUACAACAUCGAGAUCAGACCCCCAGAGGAUGAAUCUCAGCUCAUGAGCUGGAAAACUAGAUUCGAAGACGACAUGAAACUGAUUCAGUUUCAGGACAACAAGAACCACAUAGCUGAGGUUCUCGCUGCUAAUGAUUUGGAAUGCGAUGACUUAGGUUCCAUAUGCCAUGCGGAUACCAUGUUCCUAAGCAGUCACAUUGAGGAGAUUGUGGUUACUGCAAUCUCUUACCAUCUGAUGAACAAUAGAGAACCUGAAUACAAAAACGGAAGGCUUGUUAUAUCUUCCAACAGCUUGUCCCAUGGACUGAGUAUAUUCCAGGAAGGUCAUAGCUCCUUGAAGAUGGAGAGAAACUCUGACUCCAAGGGAGAAGAAAGUGAAGGGGUGAUAAACAGUGAGGUCAAGUCUGAGUCCAUUCCUUCAGAAAAGAAUGAAUGUCCUCUGCCUCCAAAAGCACCUGAGGUGCCUCCUGAUAAUGAAUUUGAGAAGCGCAUAAGACCAGAGGUUAUCCCUGCAGAUGAGAUUGGUGUGACGUUUGCUGACAUAGGUUCACUGGAUGAAACCAAAGAAUCACUUCAAGAGCUUGUCAUGCUUCCUCUCCGCAGGCCUGACCUGUUCAAAGGUGGACUUCUCAAGCCCUGCAGAGGGAUCCUCCUCUUUGGACCGCCUGGUACCGGGAAAACCAUGAUGGCAAAAGCCAUUGCUAACGAAGCUGGAGCUAGUUUCAUAAACGUGUCCAUGUCCACAAUCACUUCGAAAUGGUUUGGAGAAGACGAGAAGAAUGUGAGAGCUUUGUUCACCUUAGCAGCCAAAGUGUCUCCGACUAUUAUCUUUGUGGAUGAAGUGGACAGCAUGCUGGGGCAGAGGACUAGAGCUGGAGAGCAUGAAGCUAUGAGGAAGAUUAAAAACGAGUUCAUGACACAUUGGGAUGGGCUUAUGUCGAGUCCAGGUGAUAGGAUUCUCGUUCUUGCAGCAACAAACAGGCCGUUUGAUCUGGAUGAAGCCAUCAUUAGGAGGUUUGAGAGAAGGUAAGUGGAAACUGGUGUACUCCUUUCACUUUGAAACCCUGAGUUUGAGUUGUACUAACUCCAGCUUUUUGUUGGGAGGCAGAAUCAUGGUUGGUCUUCCAUCAGUAGAGAGCAGAGAGAAGAUCUUGAGAACUUUACUGUCAAAAGAGAAAACAGAGAAUCUUGAUUUCCAUGAGCUUGCACAGAUGACAGAUGGCUAUAGUGGAAGUGAUCUCAAGGUUUGACUGAACUCACAUCUCGCUUUCAUAACAUAAUAAUGUUCUCUUUAUGGACUGAUUAUAGUGAAUGUUAUACAAACAGAACUUUUGCACAACAGCUGCAUAUAGACCUGUGAGGGAGCUGAUAAAGCAUGAGUGCUUGAAAGACCAGGAGAGGAAGAAGAGAGAGGAGUCAGAGAAGAGUAGUGAAGAGGGAACUGAAGCAAAAGAAGAAGCAUCCGAAGAGAGAGUGAUAACGCUGAGAGCUUUGAGCAUGGAAGACAUGAGAGUAGCUAAAAGCCAGGUAAGUUUAAGGCACUUAGUUAUGUUCGUAUGAUCUUGUGCAAAAAAACAAAAGCUAAUUGGUUUGCAUGUUUUGCAGGUUGCUGCUAGUUUUGCAGCAGAAGGAGCAGGAAUGAAUGAACUGAAGCAGUGGAACGAUUUGUAUGGAGAAGGAGGGUCCAGGAAGAAGGAACAGCUCUCUUACUUCCUUUAGUACCAUCUUUAAUAUUUCAUUAGUAAUAUUAUCAUACUAUUAAA